AUGUACGACGGGAUUCGAAAGGCUUUGACGGAGAGCCAUCGCAUACGCUCGCUUAGAAUCGAUGUCGGAAUGUCGGAGUUUGACUGCGAUGAAACCGACUGGCUUUUACACAAGACGUUAUCCCUACUCCAGUCGAUCCAGAUGCCCCGACUUGAAUUCGUCCAUGUCGAUCUACAGUGGUACGAACUUCCCGGAAGAUACUCGUCCUUUCUAGGCCACCAUACCCCCGAGAACCUACGCCACUUAUCGCUAUUACGCGGCAUCGAUAUUGCGAUACUUCCUUGUGCUCAUCUCCUUGCGCCAUCGCUCACCCAUCUAAAGCUCGAGUGCGAGACCGUAUGGGAGACUAUGGAGGACGCUUUGCAUACCCUCUCCCUCCUUCAUAACCUCGAAGUCCUUUCCAUCGAUCGCGAUAAGCACCUCGAUGAUGACCCGGACCAGCCGAGUGCGCUCCCCGACGUGGACAUGUCCGAGCUGAUGGACGACGUGCAACCGGUGCAUCUGCCGAAACUUCGAGAGCUCGUACUUCGCGAGCCUCUUGCGCAAAUCGCAUACCUUCUCAAGAACCUAGUCUUUCCGCCCACGGCCCGCAUCGAUCUCCACGCUAUGAAAAAUUCAGUCGCGGCAGAAGGCACUGUUCGCAGUUCAAUCGCAGUUGCCACAUCGGCCCUGAAGGCGCAUUACGCACCGCUUGUUGAGGAGGGUCGCUAUUUCGAUAGUCUGCUUCUGGACCUGUCUGUUUGGUAUCGACGGCGCCGCCUUUUAGUUGCUGCGGACCAUAUUGCCGUGCCCUCUUCUACCAUUACCGGACAACAUUCGAUCAGGCUGAUCCCCAUUGGGCUCAACAAGCACAGGCACAUCUGCGUCCAGAUCUAUAAACUUCCCUUCUCUUUUUGUCUGUGCGACGACAACUCGUUCUCGGAGCGAGGGCUCAUAGAGAGCUUUGUCGACCUCCCAGUCUUUCGCUCGGCUCGCGCGCUCACCUUCACGGAAGAAGUCUACUCUAAUCACACAUACGAAAGGACCGCGCCGGAUCCUUUCGACGAUAGUGAUCCUGUGCAGUGGAACACCAUGAUGUCACCGCUCAAGCAAGUCAGCGUAGCCCACUUUUACGGUCACACUGGCGUACACGCGAUACUCGGGCUCCUCAGGGAAGACGAAGGCGUCACCUACAGCCAUCUUGUCGAUCUCACAAUCGAAGAAGUGUCGUUCGUAGCACCCUCAGAACUUGCUAGCGAAAGGAAACCAGCUUGCGUGUCUUUUGACACGCUUGUCUCGGUGCUAAACCGGCGUACUGGUCAGGACAGGAUGCAGUCCGUCGCGAACCUGAGGCGCCUGAAACUGAAGUCCUGCGAUAUCGACCGUGCCCAGAUCGACGUUCUUCGCUGCGAUCUCGGCGAGGACUUUGUGUCGUGGGAUGGAAGGCAGCGCGGUACGGACGAAUCAAGCAGCCACGCGAGACACGAGCGUAUGUGGUCCAUGUCGGCGGAGAGUUUGGGUUCCUCUUCGGAGGAGAUGUGA